CAUGUGUUACCAUGGGGAAAGUGCUUCGACCGGUGCGUGAAGCAGAUUCAAGUAAAGAAUGCAACUACGUAACGACGUACUUGCAGGUUAUGUCUGCUAUGAAGAGCUUUGAAAACUAUAGUCUAGAGGAACUUCGGUACAACGAUUACGCCCUCAAAGGGGCACGCGGCAGUGUGUUAACAACAACUUAUUCAUCUGUAGUAUCCAUUCCAAGGAUUGGCAAAUGUGUUGAUGAUGCCUCUCUAUCGAUAUCAUCCAAAUCAAAUACGAUACAUGCUGCUUAUUGUACAUCCGAAUCAUGCAAACUAGCGUUCGUGUUAAGUAGAGAAUCUAAGAACCAAGAUACAUUUGUAUUUUCAUCGAACAUGAACCACUGUUUAAAUAAUCUAACUGGAUUAUUUACAACCACGUUGUCAGUAGAUCAUUCGUUUUCGUUUAUAUGUGUACCAAGCUUUAGCAAGGCAACGUCUCGUAAAGUUAAAAACGUUACAGUGGUUGGAUAAUCGCCCAUUCCCACCGUGUCGACAACGCCUUCCUUCUACAGUGCAGCCUCGUGGCAAUCCGUUAAAUUGUUACACGCAACAUCGUCACCCGUUACGUCGCCAUCACCUCAAGCCGCUACGUCACAAACGCAUUCAACCAGAACGUCAUUUAAGUCUCCACCAUUUACGUUACCUCUGCCUUCAACCGAAACUGAAUCACGAGCAAUUGAUGAGCCAGUUCUGACAAGGGAAACGUAUACUAAACAGGUACUAUUUAAGGAAUUUAAAUUAAUAAUAAUGUUCUGUUGAACAUAUUGGGCUUUCAGAAUCAUUCUUGUUCAAUGUACAUAACAUAUGAAAUGGGUUUUUUAUGCCUUUUUUCCAUAGUUCAUAUGCAUUUUU